ACGAAAAAUAUUGCAAGUUUUGAAAAACAGCGCCAGAGAUGUCGUGAUUUUUUGAAGACUCAACAGCUGUGAUUAAAUUUUGUACAAUCAGUUAAAUUUUGUACAAAAACGGCUUUUUAAGCCACGAUUUUGAAGGAAGCACAAUAAUGGAAAAGCCUAAACCAAGUAGUUUAUAUACGAACGAAGACGUUUCAGCGUGGAAAACGGCGCUCGAAUCGUACAAUGAUGUGCUCAAGUUGAAAGCAAGCAAAGAAAGUAGCAAGACUAAAAAAGACCGAGACCUCGUUGCACUGGACAAAUGGUAAAUAUUUUUAAAACAUAACCGAGGUUUUUGAGGAUUGAAUUGGUGAUCGGGCAUUGGGCAGUUUUGGAAAUGUUUUAGACUGAAGAUAAAUUUGUUAGAGGAAUUCACAAAUCUGUGUCUGCCUCGGUUGUUUGCAAAUACAAUCAAAUGGCCACUUUGAGCCUUCCGCACACACAAGAGAAACUUGCUGAGCUGUAUGGCGGCAAACUCGGCAUGUUUCUCUUGUGUGCGGAUGAUUUUCGUGAGAAUUUAACCUCUUGAGGAAAAUAUCAGUUAUCUAUCAUGUUGGAUAUUUUUAACCUUGUGAGGAAAAAAUUGCAACAUGUGCGGAUGUUGCAUGUUCGAUGCUGAGUUGACUUUGUCACCAAAUAGAUUUUGUCAGAUUCCCCCCCCCCCCCCAUAUUCUUAGACCAGUCAAUGUCUUUUCAUCAAGUACAAGAAAGUCCAGAGGCGUAGCCACGGGGGGAAAUGUGUGGUCCGAACCGCACUUUUUUUCAGAUACCAAAUUUCUGGCUUUUAGGUUAUUGUAAAACAUGUCUAAAAUGUAUGAAAUAGCAUUUUGUAGACCCUAAAGAUAGAGAAAUUGGGAAGUGUCACACAGCCAGCGAGGACAAUUAUACUUACCACUUGUAUGGGGAUAGCUACGCCCUGAGAAAGUCUGUCUUUAGUAAGUUAUUUUGUAACCACAUAUUCAUUUCCACUUGGCUUGAUUGCACAUACUUAGUAAAAUUAUAAGUAAGUUACGGCGCUCUCUGACAGAGGAUUUGGCAAUAUUGCCACCCUCCUUGACACAAAUGCAAGGGCAAUGCCAUUAGUAUGAUUUGAUCAAGAAUGGAAUAUAUUUUACCACAGGUAUCAAGAUGAGUUGCCAAAGAACUUAAAUAGUCGAGAGAAAAAAUAUCUCAAUUUAGAAGAACUUUGCCAGCUAAUGAAGUGGAAACUCACUGUAAGUAUGCGAUAUACAAUUGGACAAAUUUGCUUUGUGUUCAAAAACUGUUUUUCUCUAACAGCAAUUAAAGUAACAUACAGUUACAUUUUCUCAAUUUGUAGUCGUACACAGGGGCGGAUCUAGGAUUUUUCGUACCUCAGUCAAAAAUUUUUGGCGGACGGGCCGUUGUCAGCGCGAGGCGUUGCCAGCGCUGGGCGUGGUCUCGACUGGGCGUGAAAAACGUAUUUAGAUUAAAUUUAAAUUGAUAAACUCAAACGAACAUUUGAUUCUUAUCCAUUGUAAGAAAAACUACAAAUGCACAAAGAUAUAUUGAUCCUAUUCCAAUACAAAAUUUUAUGGAUAUAUUACUAUGAUAUAGUACAUUAAAACUCAGCUGCAAUUUAAUAACAUGUUUGCCUGUGGAUUAAUCAAUCGUCGUCAUAUUCAUACUAUAUACCUAUAAGUGUAUCAUUGUAAAAGUUGUAAAAUCAUAUGGCAGCAAAUGCAUUAAGGAAAUAUACUGUUCUGUUACCAAAAACGCAGAACUAUACAAAUAAUUGCUAGUAGCCUCAGAUCCAAAAAAAACAACCAGAUAUUCAUUAACUAAGUCAAACACUAUUACAUUAACAAGAUAUAAAGAUGUUAUGUCAAAUAUUAAUAAACUAGUUACAUGAGAAUGGCUACCAGUCAAUGAGCUUUUCAAGCUAGCUUAUUAUAUAUUUCACAUCAUCAUGUUACACCAGACCAAUGCGGUCUAACAAGCCGUGUCGAUAGGCUAUGGACAAACAGUAUUCUAUAAGGCCGACAUGUUGUGUGAUCGAUGCAUAAAUAUAAAUAAAUCUUAAAUAAAACUACACUAUAAACACGAGAAUCAACAAAUGCUUACAAUGUGGACAUUGAAUAAAACAUAUUUUAGCUUCUUGACGCGAGAAUUAUGCUAAUACAGCAUAGCGAAUAUUAAAAUAUCAUAUGUCAAACAAUCAUUAACAACACCGACGGCUUUGGUUCUUCGGUUUAAUUAAUAUAAACUAAAGAUACAUCAUUAUAAAACCAUAAAUUUCUCUACCUUAUUGCAGUGCAAGCUUUGUCUUUCUUAUCUCGAACAUACUUCGGAAUGUAGCUCUCUGCGCCAAAAUUUCUAGCGAGGCUUCUGCUUGUGUUGUUGAUGGCGCUCACUUUGCCGUUCAGUAGCUCGUCAACAGAAUUUGUCCGUGAAGCAUCGAUAUUCUUUCAAGCUCCGUAUACAAACGUUGUAGAGAUUCUAAAUCGUUUGCCGCAAUCGCAAACUGAAUAUUGUCGAAAAUGUUUCCAGAUAUCGCUGGCAGAGAUCGCUCGUAAAAAUAUAAUAGUAAAAUUUCUCACAUGCCAGACGUUCGAAAUAGUAAACAUUCAGGAGGUAUAAAACACCAAAUGCCGUGUUGACGAAUACCCCACGCUGCGAAUCCGUCGAAAAUAUAAGCCAAUGACAGUGCAGAAUAUUUUUAAAUGGUUCAAUCAGAAGACUCAUACAGAGCCCCUGAAUCUGCAAAUCCGUCAGGCCUCCCCACAGAUCCGUCGCAAAUGGCGUAACCAUGGAAAUGAGCGCGUCAGCCAAUCAGAUAGCCGGAUUCAACCCCCGAAUCCGUCAACAUUCAUGCGUAAGACCGCUGUUCGUGACUGACUAACAUUACUUUGCCGAAGCUCUGCCGCAGCAUGAAACGUAUAACUGGACUACGAUUCAAAAUUUUAAUAACUCGAUCUACUGGCCGCUAUAGAUAGCUGGAGUCGAAUUUUUUUAAUUAAGUAGGCAAUUUUUACUUAGUCGCGCGACUGACUUGACGACCCCUAGAUCCGCCCCUGGUCGUACAUCAUGAAAACAGUUUUACAUUGUGUUUAAAUCAUUGAGUGGCAGCACUCUCCUCUCAAAGAGCAAAUCAUCUGGCAUUAGACAGAGUAAAAUAAUAAAGUAGGGCACAUUGAGGUGCAAUGCAACUCAAUGAGUUAACCCAUUGAGUGGCAGCACUCUCCUCCUGAUGAGUAAAAUCAUCUGGAGUUAGACAGAGUAAAAUGAUAAUGUACGGCACAUCUGGGUGCAUUGCCACUUAAAGGGUUAAUAUAGCUACUUGCAAGAAAAAUUGGGUACCAGAUAACUGUAAUUGAGAGGAUAUGUCAUGCAGCCUAAAAUGUAUAUUUGUCUGUUUUUAGUACGCAAAACAAUGUCAGGUGACUUCAAAAGUUUCAAUUUAUAGCUCAGCUGUUGCUAGGCCAACUUAAGAAACACGAUAUCCUUAAUUCUGGUCUCAAUGUCGCAGGCUAACUGAAAUUCCCGAAUUUUUUAAUCUUUUAAUUUUAAUUUUUUAAUCUCUUUGUGGAACUUUGGUGUUUGCACAUUCUGCAAAUAUGCCACCUUUAAAAUUACCAAAGAUUAGUUAAGUCGUUAUUAAUGGUGUCAACUCAUUCCUGUAGCGAGGAAAGUUUCGACCAAGAUUAUCAGAUCUUGUGAAGGCAAACAAUGAAACGACAGUUGAAGACACAAGCCGUAAAGCAUUUGGAUAUCUACCCGACGUUUCAGCUGCCAUACGUGAACUGUCAAAAUUGAAGGCUGUUGGUCCAGCCACCGCUUCAGGUAAGUGCAAAUCAGGAGAUGCAGGGAUAUAAUAGUCAGGAUGCGAUAAUUCACAUACUUAUCACACCGUGGUCUACUAGAGGCCUAACCAUAGACCAGGCCUAGAAAUUAUAUUUCUCUUCCUUGGCAGCGAAAAAUAAAAAUUUCCUGGGACCUAAAAAAAAUACCUGUGGUUACGGUUUCAUAUAGCAAAAAAAUUAGGGUCAGUAGGUCGGAAAGAACAUUUUUUAAAAUAUUUUUUCAUGUUUUUUUCAAUAAUUAGUGUGACAACACAACAGACGCCAUUUUGGCAGCAGCCCGCAACCACCCGGAGAAAAUAGGGUCGCACAGUCAAUUGCGUUGAAAAAAUAAUAGGGUCGGCAGAAAAAAAUAGGGACGGUCGGGAACCGGAACCACAUGUCAGGUAUUUUUUUAGGCCUGGGUAAUAAAGUCGUAUAUAAAACUUCCUGCAUAUGUACCGGGUGGUGUAAAAAAAUGUUCCCCUCUUUGACUUAUUGUGAUUAAAAAACUAAGGAAGCCAUCUUAUUCAAAGAAAGUUUAGUGAAGGCAGUAAUGUCUAACUUAAAUUUUGAUGUAUACCUUGGUAACCUUGAACAUUUCUAUAGAAAAUCAGCCGACAUAUAGGCGUUUAAACUCAAGGUAGCAAUUUUGGAAGAAGCGAAAAAUGGCCAUUUUAUUACCAUAAUGUAAAUUAAUAGACCAUUUUUCGCGUCUUCCAAAAACGCUACCUCAAGUGUACACGCCUAUAUCUCGGCUAAUAUUUUAUAGAAAUGCGCAAAGCAUCCAUCAAAAUUUAAGUUAGACAUUAACUACGUUCAAUAAAUUUUAUUUGUAUAAGAUAGAUUUUUCAGUUUUCUACUAGCUUACAAUGAGUCAAGGGGUACCUGACGCCAUACGUUCUCUGAAAUCUAUCUACGCCUUUGCGCCACCUGACGUCAUAAGUUCUCUGAAAUCUACCUUUACCAAUGAAAUCUACCAACGGUACAGAUUUCAGAGAACGUAUAUGGCGCCGCACUUUGUGACAAAAAUUUCAUGCAAGAUGUAAGGAAAUUUCUGCAAAGAUAUUUUGUUAAAAGUUUCUGCCGGACAUUUAAUAAUAAUAAUAAUAUUUAAUAUUUAUAUUGCGCAAAUUAACAUGUUAUAGUAUAUGAUCAAAUGCGCAAUUUGAAGUCCGGCAGUGCUAAAGACCUACGUUUUUUAUAGUCUCGCUUCUGUUCUCCAUUAAUUUUGUUUUUCUAGCCAUUCUUUCAGCGGGCGCGCCAGACCUCGUACCUUUCAUGGCGGACGAGGCGAUGAUGGCGAUACCUGAUUUAGGAGAAAUUAGUUAUCAUUUACCGUUUUACAUGAGCUUCGUGGAGAAAAUUAAGAAAGUUUUGCAACAGCUUAAGAAGAAAGGUGAGGCAAUGAAUAUAUCUAGGCAGGAUUUUUGGGUUUCCACCAUUGAAGCCAACUUAAAUUAUUUCCCGUUAAUUUUUACAAUUUUGCAACUUCGCAAGCCAGAGUCUUCACAAUUUUGUUCAUAUUUCUUAGCUUUGGGAAUUAAUAGGUUAUAAGUUAUGCUAAUUCUUAGCAUUGUCAAAAAUUCUUGUUGGACUUAAAACAAUAAUAUCUCAGUUAAUAUUGCAUGGAAACAUUAUUCUAAUCUAUCAAAAUUUAAGUUAGCCCUUUCUGGGUACCAUAAAAUUGAUUUGAUCGUGAUAGCUGUUCUAUUUUUGUUGCUGUAGUUAAUCAAACCAUAGCCUAUCGAAGGGAAGAUGGCUGUGAAACUCUUUAGAAUAACAAUAUAACUCAUUAUCUACGUUAGUCAACGUUUAUUCAUAAAUCUGGUCCUUCACCGUCACGUGUGUAUUGUAUUUUUGCCCCACUAACCAAUAGCAAUGUUUUAGGAAAGUUACUUAUCCGUGACUCGAACAACUCGAACAAUAGGGUAAAUUGAUAAAUAAUAAAUUGAUAAAUAGUAAAAAUACAUAGAUAAUGAGUUAUUCUAAUGAAUUUUUCUGUGUUUGUGUUGUGUACUCAGGUGAAUAUGAUGUUUAUGAUGUUACUCUGAAUGUAUGUCCACACCGCGGGCAAGCUUGAAAAAUAUGCCUGGCCACGGUGGGAAUCGAACCUACGGCUACAACCUUUCUAGCCCAAUGCUCUGCCAACUGAGCUACGCGGUCAGGUCGGCUCGAGUAUGUGAUAUUUCGGAACUGAGUCUAGUUCCUUCGAUAUCAAUGCAAUCUAGUCAUACCAACACAGAAAAAUUCAUAUUACUAGAUUGCAUUGAUAUCGAAGGAACUAGACUCAGUUCCGAAAUAUCACAUACUCGAACCGACCUGACCGCGUAGCUCAGUUGGCAGAGCAUUGGGCUAGUAUUCCAAAGGUCGUAGGUUCGAUUCCCACCGUGGCCAGGCAUAUUUUUCAAGCUUGCCCGGUGUGGAUAUACACUCAGAGUAACAUCACAAACAUCAUUAUUCUAAUGAGUUUCACAGCCAUCUUUCCUUCGCCGGAUAGGCUAUGACCAAACAGUGUUUAGUUUUUUUGGAGACACCCAUUACAGGUCCAUUCACGACACAUCAUGCAUUAGCCGUAGUAAAAUACACAUUCUAGUUUAAUAAAUGAUAAAUGCAGUAUAUUGUUAUGUGAAUUUGUUACCUAAACAUUUUCUCUAGAUCCCGAAGGUGAUUGGACGGCUCACAAGGUUGAACUGGCACUGUGGACCGAAGUGAUGGCACGAAAAUAUAAUUUCGAUCUUUCACAAGAGCCCCACGUGAACGGUUGUGAAAAUGGUGUUGGUGGCGAAAAAAGGAAAGCCGAAGAAGCGCCCAAGGCAAAGAAGCGAGCGAAGAAAAAAUGAAAGAACUAAGACGAACACAGGCCUUUUCGUGUAUACUGUCUAAGCCACAGAAGUAGAAAGUGAUACAGAGGUCCGACUCGGUCCAAAAUCCACAACCUCCACUGAUCUACACGCUUAAAAUUCUCACAUCUUGUACCACGUCUGCCAACAAGCCGUCAACAAAUUGUAUUCGCACUGCUUGACCCAAGUUGUCAACAAAUUUGGAACAAGUUGUUAACAACCUUGUUGAUAUUAUCAGACUUGUUGCAAGGUUGUUCCAACAAGUCCGAUACAGUCAUGAGACAAUAUUGUUACAACCUUGUGUCGUCAACCGUAUAACAUUCUUGUUAUAUCAUGACUGUAUCAGACUUGUUAGAACAACCUUGUAACAAGUCUGAUAAUGCCAUCAAGCUUGUUACAAGAAGUUAACAGCUUGUUCCAAACUUGUUACAACAACUGGGAACAAGCAGUGCGAACACAACUUGUCAACAGCUUGUGAACAGACCUGUAACAACUUGUGUGUUUUUAUGUGUGUAAUCGCAAUACAGUCCCCCCUGAACAUCUAAGCCAAGCCAAGUGCGUUUAUACGUUGUGAUUUGUCAGGCUGAUUUUAGGUUCUGCAUGUGAAUUGCUGAUGUUGUUGUUUAUAUGUUAUUUUUUGAAAUAUUAGUUUCAAUCUAAAAUUGACCAGACUAAUAGACGCAAUGUGUAAACGUGGCAUAAUUUAAGCAAUAAAUGGCUGAUAGACAAGAACAUUUUCAUGUACAAAAGGACUCAAAACUAUAUUACAAAAACUUUGUUUCGUACCAGGUAUAAUUGAGUGAACAGUUAGUAUUUAAUGAGCGGUACCUAGACCUAACCGUCCAACCAAUUAUUGAAGCCCCAAAAACUCACAUUGUUAAACAGACCUCGUGGUUGUGUUAAUAUAAUUUAUAAGUAAUAUAAUCAAUGGAAUGUAAAAUGUCCACAUUUACAGCUAAUUCAAAAAAGGUCCUUUGUAAACCUUAAACUCUAAGCUUGCAAAGCAUAAUGGGGCAUCAUGUAAUGAAUUUAGUGAAUCAUAUAUGGGGCCCAAUUCUUGGAAACAUGGCAAAUAUCUCCUUACGAGAACAAUCAUUCACAAAUAGCUGCAAUAGUCAACUAUACUAAGCCUGAAACUUGUGCUCCCAUUACCGUAAGCUUUGCGCGCUUAGAGUUUAAGGUUUGCAAAUGACAACCUUUCUUGAAUUAGCUGUGUAUAUACCUACACAAAUUUAAUGUUCGUAUGUAUUUUUGUAUUUAAUAUAUAGCCUGUAUAAAUACAUUUGUUAAUAAAACUUUCAUAUCAGUUGAAUUUGGUUUCGUGUCGAACCCAAAAUAGUCGCAAAUAGAGCAAAGGAAUUUGAACGAAAAGCAUUCGAAUUUAUUGUUUUGAGAUGGAUUACGGCAAAAGUGACUUUUCGUGUUACGACAGAAUAAAGGAAUGUUUAUACAAUUACAACGCAAUAUAAUGGCAAUAUACAAGAUAUACAGUAUAUAUACAUACAAGAUUUUUAUAAUUGUUAAAACCCUCUUGAACGUAUUUACAAUGGAAAUGGUCCUUAUUUACAAAUUUCUACCAAUUAUGAUGAUUUAACAACGUCACAUCUCGGAAACUCUCUAUUUUGCCCCUCCCCGGUACAACAAGCCGCACCCCAUUUUUCCGGAGGAUGCAAUGUAAGUAUUUGCUAUUCCUCUACAAAGUGCCCCAUCCUCCACUUUACAAAAGAGAAAAGCCUUUCACGUUGGUGUGCAGCGUUUCGUCUAAAUCAGUAAGCCCCCCCCCCCCACCCACCGUUUAAGCACUCUCACGUCAAUACAGGGUGUAUCAAAACAUGUACACCCUUUCAAAUUAACCGUAACCUAUCGUAGUAAUUUGACAGCCGUAUGAUUUCUCGAAUUAAUGAAUGCGUGAAAACACAAGGUCUUCUGCACAUGGGAAUUUAGGAUAACUUCUUUUUGUCUGAACAAAUACACAACUCACAGAAAAAUUUGAAAGGGUGUACACUUUUUUGAUAGACCCUGUAGAAGAUUUGCGGUAACUCGUUAUUAACACGGCCGUACGCAGGAUUUUUUCACCAGGGUGGGGGGGGGGGGCAGUAAGGCCCAUAUGCCGAAAAAAGUCCCAAAUAUCAAAAAAAUAAUUAAUUAUGACAUCACCCUUUUAUUGUAGACACCCAAACUUCAUUGUAAUCGUACGAGCACAUUAAAACUGAACGAUAGAUUAAAGGAAAGUUUCUACAAUUACAAGUCCAAUAAUCAACCGAUAAUAUACUUCAAAUAUAAGUUUUGGUUCGUGAAAAGAUUACGUAAAAACGCACAAGUUGUUACAGGUCUGCAAACAAGUUGUUACAAAUCUGUUCACAAGCUGUUGACAAGUUGUGUUCGCACUGCUUGUUCCCAGUUGUUGUAACAAGUUUGGAACAAGCUGUUAACAACUUGUAACAAGCUUGAUGGCUUUAUCAGACUUGUUACAAGGUUGUUCCAACAAAUCUGAUACAGUCAUGAUAUAACAAGAAUGUUACAAGAUCGACAACACAAGGUUGUAACAAUAUUGUACUGUAUCAGACUUGAUGGAACAACCUUGCAACAAGUCUGAUAAUAUCACAAGGUUGUUACAAACUUGUUGACAACUUGGGACAAGCAGUGCGAACACAACUUGUUGGCAGACUUGCUACAAGAUGUGAGAUUUUUGCGUGUGUAUACUUACUACUUUCUCCAAGCAAACAACAAAGAACUUUUAAAAUAUACUUCAAAGUUAAAUCUUUAAAUGUUACCACAAACUUGUGAGCACAUAUAUAUUUAUUUAUUGGCCGGCUAUAUUUAUACAUGGUCUAUACACGUAAAAAUCUCACAAGAUGGUCUUCGCAACAGGCUUGCAGCAAGCCUGUCAACAAGUUGUAACAAUGCUGUUAUUUUACCAAGUUGCUACAAGGUUGUGAAUCACAACUUGUUGACAAAUGGUUGAAGUGCAGGACGAUAACAAGUUGUUGGAACAACUUGUAACAAGUCUGUUAAGCUCAACCUUGUAGCAACUUGUCAACAAGCUGGGAACAAGCAGUGCGAACACAUCCUGUUGACAAGUUGUUGGAACAGCAUUGCUAUACAAGUCUGCUGAAGGUUUGUUACAACUUGUACGUUUUUACGUGUGUACUCAGAGCUCUGUUAAAUUAUUAUUCCAAAGUCCCAAGUUACGAAAACCUUAUUUCGAAAUCCGACUACUUUUUGUCUGCAAAACCCAAGCCAUAUGUUUCCCCAGAUAUCUUUUCAUUCCAGGAGGUAAAGGUAGCUUGUCUAAGUCAUGUAGCCCAGAAAUAUGGCUGCCAAUUUUAGCACAACAUAAAUACUGUAGCGUCGUGGGGAGACUACAACUACGUUCCAAUUUCAUUCUCGUGCGAGCCGCAGUCGACGAAAGCAUCGGGUAAAGUUCUUUGUUCUGUAGUCCACGAAAAGCAACCCCGCACGGUUUGCCCUGGUUGUAAAUACUCAAUGUUCCGUGCCACAUGUCCAGGUGCAAACCCACUACAUCGUCUCGUUCUAGUUUCGUUGUAAAUUGUUUCAUUUCGCCUCUAUGUUGAAUCGUACCAAGAUACGAUAGACCCCAGCUCUCCGGGUCUCGGCCCAGCAGACUCGCAAAGGCUGUACGCGAAUUGUCUAAGUCCACAGCACUGCUGCCUAAGCCGAUCAUCUAAGCAUGCAAAAAUAUUUAUUAGAUUUUAUAAAGGACUUUUCACGGCC